AUGUUUUGGGCCAAGUACACACGGGAGACAUACGCGACUAUCUGUGGAGAUGGCGCCAAGGCACAUGCAUGUCGCACCUUUGUACUCCGCAUCCUGCUCAACACGCCCAUGACUUCACCGCCCGUGGACCAGCAAUCUCUGAAAGAUGAGAUAGCCGACCUUGAACGGCGUCUUCGGCAUGCCAAGGCGCAAUUGAAUGAUGACAGCGCUGCAUCGAGCUUCUCGUCGCCCACACAGGAUGACACAGCGCUCCAUGCACUCCUCCUCCUGGCCGACUCGGCUCUUCCCCUAGGGUCGUUCGCGUUCAGUAGUGGUCUCGAGUCGUAUCUAGCUCACCACAAGCUAUCCCCGCCAUCGGCAUCGCAGCUGCCCUCGUUCCAUACAUUCCUGCGCCUCUCACUGUCCACGUUAGCCAGCACCGCGCUGCCAUAUGUCCUCGCUGGCUACAGAAGGCCGUGGGAGAUCGAGACACUCGACAACGACUUGGAUGCGAGCACGCCGUGCACAGUUGCGCGACGUGCGAGCGUAGCCCAGGGCCGCGCGCUUCUUGCCGUCUGGGACCGCAGCUUCAAGUCGCAGUACAGCAGCAAGAUGGCGUCUACAAGCGGAGACGGAGACGGAGACGGAGACGGAGACGGAGAAACAGCAAUCACCGCCCUCGCAGCCUUCUCCGCCGCGCUGCGCACAUCCGAGCACCUCAACGCGCAUCUCGCGCCGCUUUGGGGCCUCGUCACCAGAAUCCUGUCCGUGCCGCUGCACGACGCCGCGUACCUGUUCCUGUUCUCGCACGCACGCACGGUGAUAAGUGCUGCUGUGCGCGCGAGCGUCAUGGGGCCGUACCAGGCGCAGGCUGUUUUAGCGAGCGCCGAGCUGCAAGAUAGGAUCCGAGGCCUUGUGGAUGAGGGCUGGCGCACAUCUGUGGAAGAUGCGGGACAGACCGUGCCGGUUAUGGAUCUCUGGGUUGAUAACGCUCUCUACCGUGCGAAACCGACAUGCAACUUCAACGCCGACGUUGUGUGA